AUGAACCUGUCCGAUUCUGUUUGGCUUGAGGACGAGUCGUGGAACCUCAGCACGCAGGAGGAAGACGAUGAAAAACUUUUAUUCGGCAUCGGCACGGAUAAUUUCAUCACGCUGCUGGUGUUCGGGCUCAUCUUUACGCUCGGCGUGCUGGGCAACUCCAUGGUGAUCACCGUGCUGGCGCGCAGCAAACCGGGGAAACCGCGGAGCACCACCAACAUCUUCAUCCUCAACCUGAGCAUCGCGGACCUCUCCUACCUGCUCUUCUGCAUCCCCUUCCAGUCCACCAUCUACAUGAUGCCGACCUGGGUCCUGGGCGCGUUCAUCUGCAAGUUCAUCCACUAUUUCUUCACUGUGUCCAUGCUGGUGAGCAUCUUCACGCUGUCUGCCAUGUCCGUGGACCGGUACGUUGCCAUCGUGCACUCCAGAAAGUCCUCCUCCAUCCGCGUGGCGAGGCACGCGUUGAUCGGGGUGGUGGUGAUUUGGAUACUCUCCCUGGCCAUGGCAGCGCCCGUCAUGUACUACCAGAACAUUUUCCCCAGGGGAAAUCACACCUACUGCUGGGAAGAGUGGCCGGGUCUAAACCAGAGGAAAGUCUACGUGGUGUGCACGUUCGUGUUUGGCUAUGUGUUGCCUCUGCUGCUGAUUUCCUUCUGUUACGCAAAGGUUUUAAAUCAUUUGCACAAAAAACUAAGGAACAUGUCCAAAAAGUCAGAGGCAUCAAAGAAAAAGACGGCUCAGACAGUGCUGGUGGUGGUGGUGGUGUUCUGCCUCUCCUGGCUCCCUCAUCACGUCGUUCACCUCUGGGUGGUGUUUGGGACCUUCCCGCUAAACCAGGCCUCCUUCGUGUUACGGGUGGCCGCCCACUGCCUGGCGUACAGCAACUCAUCCGUCAACCCGGUCAUCUACGCCUUCCUAUCGGAGAACUUCAGGAAGGCCUACAAGCAGGUGUUCAAAUGCCAGAUCGGAACCAGUGACUCCCCGCUCAACGACAUUAAGGAGAUCCGCAGCAAAGCGGAGACGCCGCCCUCGACUAACUGCACCAACGUUUGACGGACAAGGUGUGGAAGGUGAUAUGAAAACGAAUUUAAGGCAAUGGCCACAAUGGGAAUCAGCGUAAAGUAGAAGUGACAUGAGGAUUGCUUUUUCAAUGUAUGUAGGUGUAGUUGCUUAGAUAGUGGUGUUCAUAGGACCUGAAGAGAUAAAGCCACGCACAACAUGAACACUCACCCUUUGACCAGUCUCGGUUUCCUGCAGCUCUUCCUUGCAUUAAAGCCUGUGGCGUCUGAAACUCAGGAAAACGAGGAGACAAGCUGGAUUGAAAACCCUAAUGAUUGCAGACAAUAUGUACAUGACUCUUCAAAGUACAUUUACAAGCCAAUUCAUCAGAAAGGCCCCAUCUUGAAAAAAAGUCUCUCCAAGGAACAGUGGUUUUACAGAACUGAGAUUACUCUUCAGGAAUCAGUAAGAGAUAGGUAAUUACACCAUUUAGUAAUCCCAGUAGGAGUCAGAUGAUGGGUUCAUACCUGUUUCCACUCUGUGAAUUCAGUGGAAAACAGAGCUUGGUUAGCUUAAAGCUAAAUAAUAAAACAUGAAACACUAAAAUGUAUAAAAAUGACCUAUGCUAUACAUUUGUUGACUUGUGUACUUACAUUAUAUAAAACAUUUCCAACAAACCCUUAGAAAUCCCCAAUUUUAUUCUAGUUAAGAGACAGUUUAA